ACUCGCGGGGCUUUCCCGGCGCGGAUCAGUCGUGGCCGGCGGUGCCGGAGGCCAAAGACUUUCGCGAGGGUGGACGCGCCGCGUUUUCUCUCGCACAUCGUGAGAUCCACUCUCCUUUACCUCUCUCUCUCUCUCUCUCUCUCUCUCUCUCUCUCUCUUUUUCUCUCCCCUUGCCUGUCUCUCUCUCUCUUUCUCUCUCUCUCUCUCUCUUUCAUUCUCUUUCUUUUUCUCUUUCUCUCUCUCAUUUUCUUUUCCUUUUUCGUUCUUUCAUUUUUUCUUUCGCACAUCUCGAAACGAACGACUACUGUUCGUUCGUUCGAUCUCGUCGUGUCGUUACGUCGAAAAUACGGAGAAAGGUGAAUAUUUUUUUUGUUGUUCUUCUACCUCUUCUAUUUUUCUCCGAGUUAUCGUGCAAGAUCAGCGAACGGCGAACGGUUCCUCGUACAAUUAUCACCUCGUCGGAUCAAACAACACGAAGGAAGAAGUUUUGAGAGAAUAAAUCUCGUGAUUGAUUAAUUCGAACGAUAUCAACUUUCUUUGUAUUUUCUCAGUUGUUCUCGAUCGGAUAUAUUCUUUUAUUUUUUGCUUUUCAUUCGUUUCCAUUUAUUUUCCUUUGUCUUUUGCUUUUUCGUUUUUCUUUUUCCUUUUUUUUCUAUUUCUUUUCUUCCUUUUCUUUUCUUUUCUCAUCUUUCUCUAACUAUCGUUAAGUCAAUAAAUCUCGCGCCUAUGAGAUUCCGCACCGGUACCGCGUGUUGUUAUCUCGCGGCCGGCUGCUCCGACAACGCGUCGUGCUCGAUCAUCCAAGGACGAUCUCGUGAACGUUCGUCGAAGACGCCGGCGCAUCGUCAUCUCCUCAAUACCGAUCUUAAUUAUUCUCGAAAUAUAGACGUAUCAUUAUUUUGGGUGUGAUAGGUAAUAAAAAAAAAGAAAAAAGUAGCUGAACGAGAUUGACCAUUUGGUGAUCACACCGGGUUGAAUCGUCGUGGUCAAGUGAAGAUAUCAACUUUAACGAAGACAUCGUGUUUCGGAGGUAUCAAUUAAAAGAGGACUUUCUAAGGGUUGGAGAGAGAAAGAAACAAGGUUACCGGCCUAAUCCAAGAAUAGGAGCAUAAAGAAGGAUGUUGGCCCGAUGUCUGAUAUUAGCCGGUGCAGCUGCUGUUGUGACAUCCGCCGGUGGGCAUGGUUUCGAUGCACAUCUACGUGGUCCGAGUUUCCUCAUAGAACCACCAUCGAGGGUGGAAUUUUCGAAUUCGAGCGGUGCCUGGCUGGAUUGCACGGCAUCCGGAAGUCCCCCGCCUAAUAUUGACUGGUCCACUGCAGAUGGACAUCCGGUAGAUGACAUAUCAACCGUGCGAAGGGUACUCAGGAAUGGUACACUCGUCCUCUUACCCUUUCCGGCAGCAGCUUAUCGUCAAGACGUGCAUAGUGCAGCUUAUAGAUGCGUCGCAAGUAACUCCGUUGGAAGGGUACUUAGCCGUGACGUUCAAGUUAGAGCAGUUGUCGCUCAGGCCUACAAAGUGGACGUGGAGGUAAUUGGAGGUGCAUCGAGAGGAUGCACGGCGAUACUAAGAUGCGUCGUUCCUAGUUUCGUCAAAGACUUGGUGCGUGUUGUAUCCUGGUUACAGGAGCCAUCUUUCUACAUUUAUCCUUCGUUACAAGGAGAUGGAAAAUUUCAUCUAUUACCAACCGGAGAACUUCUCGUUCACAGUCUUGAGUUUAGCGAUCAAAUACACGGAUAUAGAUGUCAAACGAUGCACCGACUGACCAGACAAGUAGUUGUUAGUUCGGUCGCUAAUAUUAGAAUAGCCGAUCACAGGGGAGUAAUGCCUCCGGUGAUGCUCGAAAAUUCAGGCGUCGUUCACGUCGCUCAGGAUGAAUCAACGUCAUUGGUUUGCGUGGCACAAGCUUGUCCACCUCCCGAAUAUCGGUGGUAUGCACAGACAGGUGCUGAACCUAUGCUGGUCUUGUCUGGACCGAGAACUCGAUUGCUCGGUUCUAUGCUGGCCAUAGAAGCCGUAACGUUGGAAGAUAGUGGUAUUUAUAGAUGCUCCGCAUCAAAUACCGGCGGUGAAGCUGGCGCCGAAAUCAGACUCAUAGUGACAGCACCGCUUCACGUCGAAGUAACGCCACCUUUGUUGAGCGUUCAUUUGGGUGGUAACGCCGAAUUCACUUGUGAGGUUGGUACACAUCCUCAAGCUGGUCCACACUUUAUCACCUGGUACAAGGACGGCAGGCAGCUUCCAGGAACGGGAAGGCAAUCAGAAUUAUUGAGGCUAAAUGGUAUAGGUAGAGAAGACAGGGGAAUGUAUCAGUGCAUCGUCAGAAGGUCAGAGGGUGACACUGCCCAGGCCUCCGCGGAAUUACAAUUGGGAGACGCCCCACCGGUUCUGCUUUAUUCCUUCAUCGAACAGACUCUUCAACCAGGGCCAGCAGUGUCAUUAAAAUGUUCCGCUGCUGGAAAUCCUACGCCGCAGGUCACUUGGGCUUUAGAUGGUUUCCCCUUACCAACUAAUGGAAGGUUCGUCAUAGGGCAAUACGUGACGGUACACGGUGAUGUAAUAUCGCACGUUAACAUUAGUCACGUGAUGGUCGAAGAUGGCGGAGAGUAUUCCUGUACGGCCGAAAAUCGUGCUGGUAAAGUUACGCAUGCUGCACGUCUCAACGUUUACGGUCUACCUUACAUCCGAUUAAUUCCAAAAGUAACCGCCGUGGCUGGAGAGAAGCUUAGUUUGAAGUGUCCAGUAGCUGGAUAUCCGAUAGAAGAAAUCAAAUGGGAACGAGCGAAUCGCGAAUUGCCAGACGAUCUUCGACAGAAGGUUCUUCCAGACGGGACCUUAGUGAUAAUAAGCGUCCAGAAGAAUAUAGACGCUGGAGUAUAUACUUGCUGGGCUCGUAACAAGCAAGGACACAGCGCAAGAAGAUCAGGAGAUGUCGCAGUAAUCGUUCCCCCAAAAAUUAGCCCGUUCACGGCAGAUCGCGAUCUUCAUCUCGGCGAACGAACUACCCUAACUUGUUCCGUGACGAGGGGCGAUCUGCCAUUAUCCAUCUCAUGGCUCAAGGAUGGAAGGUCGAUGGGACCAUCGGAACGCGUCACUGUUACCAAUAUGGACCAGUACAAUAGCAUACUGAUGAUUGAAAGUUUAUCUCCAGAUCACAACGGCAACUACUCGUGCGUGGCCCGUAAUCUGGCCGCAGAGGUAUCGCACACGCAGCGGCUAGUGGUUCAUGUACCCCCUAUUAUUGAGCCAUUUACGUUCCAAGAGGGCCUUUCCGAGGGGAUGCGGACGCGGACGGUGUGCGGGGUCGCGGCGGGUGAUCCACCCUUAACCAUAUCCUGGCUGAAAGACGGCCAAAGUCCCUUUUCCUUGAUGCCGAAUUUGGCCUCCGUUGCAAACAUCUCCCAACUGGAUCCCUACUCGAGCCUCCUCAGUAUAACGAACCUCGCGGCCGAGCACUCCGGCGACUAUACCUGCGUCGCCGCGAACCCCGCCGCCGAGGUCAGGUACACGGCCAAGCUACAGGUAAAAGUUCCUCCGCGAUGGAUCGUCGAACCGACAGACAGCAUAAGCGUCGAAAGGAACAGGCACGUUGCUUUGCACUGUCAAGCACAAGGCGUACCGACGCCUGUUAUCGUUUGGAAAAAAGCUACGGGAAGCAAAUCUGGCGAAUACGAGGAGUUGCGGGAACGGGCGUACACCAAAAUUCUAAGCAAUGGAACGCUCCUUUUACAACACGUGAAAGAGGACAGAGAAGGUUUUUAUCUUUGUCAAGCGAGCAACGGUAUAGGAUCUGGCAUAGGCAAGGUUGUACAAUUAAAAGUUAAUUCAUCGCCGUACUUCGCUGCACCCUCGCGAUUGGUAACGAUUAAAAAAGGAGACACUGCUACGUUACAUUGCGAGGUACACGGAGACAAGCCAGUGACUGUAAAGUGGUUGAAAGGCGGAAAAAUUGAAUUGAAUCCUUCGACGAAUUAUCGAGUCACCGUGAACCAAGAACCAACGCCCGACGGUGUUAUCGCACAAAUGCAAAUUUCCUCGGCCGAAGCAUCCGACAGCGGAGCGUAUUUUUGUCAAGCUAGCAAUCUUUACGGUCGCGAUCAACAACUUGUACAACUCCUCGUACAAGAACCACCACAACCUCCGAACACUUUAGAAACAGCCAUGGUAGCUAGUCGAAGUAUAAACGUUAAGUGGCAACACAAGUCUCAAGAUACCAGUGAAGUUACCAAAUACAUACUUCAAUAUAAGGAAGGCGAAGGUGGUAUGUGGCAACAACAAGAAUUUGUCGGACCUCCUUUACCUUACGCCGCUUUAAUCGACGAUCUUAAACCUGCUACAAGAUACACGAUACGAGUAAUCGCUGAAGGACCAGCAGGUCGUUCGGCUCCUUCAACGGAACUAUUGGUUAGAACCGAACCUCAAAGACCCGCAGGACCUCCAGUUAAUCUCGCUGCAAGAGCACUUUCUUCCUCGGAAAUUUUGAUUACUUGGUCACCACCAUUGCCCGAACUUCGUCAUGGUGACAUACAAGGCUUUAAUGUCGGCUAUAGAGAGACUAGCUCAGGAAAUCCAUCGUACAAUUUCACUUCUGUAUCCGGAGAUGGUGAGGAAGGGGGCGGUGAACUUCGAUUGACGGGUCUUCGACCUUACACAAGAUACUCCUUGGUCGUUCAAGCGUACAAUCAAGUCGGAUCUGGACCUUUAUCCGAGCCAUUACUAACGCAGACAUUAGAGGAUGUUCCCAGUAAACCACCGGAAGAUGUGAGAUGUGCAGCGCUUACUUCGCAAUCUCUACAAGUAUCUUGGCAACCACCUCCUAAUACUCAUAGUAAUGGCAUUAUUCAAGGUUAUAAAUUGAAUUACGAGCCGAUUUUAGCGGACGCAUGGCGUGGCGUGGAUGAAAUGGAAGUACGUAAAACUAGUGCUUUAACGAUAGUCCUCACAGAUCUAAGAAAGUAUACAAAUUAUACGAUACAAGUACUAGCCUAUACGAGAGUAGGAGAUGGAGUUCCUACUACUGUUACUUAUUGUCAGACCGAAGAAGAUGUACCUGGAAGUCCAGCGGAUAUUAAAGUGGUCGUGAGUUCGCCUCAGGCUCUUUUUAUUUCCUGGCUGCCACCAUUGGAGCCUAAUGGAAUUAUCACAAAAUACAAUCUCUAUACUAGAGUUGUCGACGGUCAGGGAGAAUUAAAUCAUGGCAAGAGGACAUUACCAGCUACGAACACUCAUUUCGAAGCAACGGGCUUACAACAACACGUAGAAUAUCAAUUUUGGGUAACAGGUAAUACUCGAGUCGGUGAAGGCCAAAGUUCGAAAGUUGCAGCUCAAGUACCAACUAAUAGAGUACCCGCAAGGAUCACGUCCUUUGGUGGUCAUGUUGUAAAACCAUGGAGAGGUUCUGCUACUUUAGCUUGCAAUGAGGUUGGAGAUCCCACUAGAGAAUGGUACAAAGGAGGCAUUGAACAAAUUCGAACCGAUACUACCAGAAACGCACAAAUUUUACCAACCGGUGAACUCGUCCUUUCGAAUUUACAAUCACAAGAUUCUGGAAAUUAUACCUGUCAAGUGGAAAACGCUCAAGGGGGUGAUAAAUUACAUUACACUCUUACAGUGCAAGUUCCACCCAAUGCACCUGUAUUAUAUGUAACGAGUUCAACAUCAAGUAGUAUAUUAUUACAUUGGAAAGCUGGUUAUCACGGAGGUGCUCCUCUAACCGGUUACACGUUACAUUAUCGUACAACGCAUGGCAACUUAGACGAAUUACAUCUUUCUAGACAUGCUACUAAUCACGAGCUAAAGGGUCUUUUAUGUGGAAAUACUUAUCAAUUGUAUUUAACAUCGCAUAAUAAAAUUGGUAGUAGCCCUUCGUCGCCGGUACUUUCUGUACGAACUCAAGGCCAAGCACCAGGAAUACCACCGUCCGCGGCUUUUCUUAGCCCCAACUCAACAACGUUGGUUCUAAGAUUACACGUUUGGCCUGACAAUGGAUGUCCUAUACUUUACUUCGUUAUUCAGUACAGACCUGCAAACGAAUUUCAUUGGACUUUAGUGUCUAACAGCGUUAAAAUGCAACGAAGAUUCGUCGUGACAAAUCUAACACCUAGUACGGUUUAUCAAUUGAAGGUCGAAGCUCAUAACGUUGCUGGAAGCAAUCAGGCGGAAUUCAGUUUCGUGACAUUGACGAAGGAAGGUGAACCACCGCCUCCAGAAUUAUCGAAACGUGGAAUAGCAUCUGUUAUACCAUUCUAUGCGGAUGUAAAAGUUAUGCUGCCUUUGAUAAUCGCUACAUUUGCUCUAGUCACGACGGCCAUAAUAGUUGCUUUCCGUUGGCGAAACAGAUAUUUGGGAGACAGAGUUCAAAGACCGAUGAAGGAGUCCCAAGAAAAUCAACAAAACGCGGAAACACAACGAGAACGUUAUUAUGCAACUAUUCACAAGGUCGCCCUGCAACAGGCAGCAAAUACGGGUGCAGGGCCCGACAAGAUUCCAGAGACAGCGGAGGACAUCUCGCCGUACGCUACGUUCCAGCUUUCGGAGGGUGGCGGGGGAAGCCUGGCAGGGCUGGGAGGAUUGGGAGGACUGGGAGGCGCGGCGGAAGCAUCUGCGGCAGGUCUACAUCCGAACAAUACUCUUCUUCACAGUUUCAUGUAUCACGAGCACGCUAUGACCGAGGGCUGCGCGAGUCCUCCGCCAGCGGCAACGAGUAUGAAGAGUGUCUCGUCGAGGAGACGGCAACAGAGGAAACAACAAACCCCGGGCGACGUCGAGAGCGACGAGAGCGAGUCUGACCCGGAUCAGCUGACGAGCUCUCGCACAGAGUCUUCCAAUCAACUCGACGCUGGCAAACUCAAACACAUUCGAGCCGUUUCAGACUUCAUUUAUCACGGUACGUCGAGCACUUCUUCGGACAUCUCGCCGAUGUCGGAACAGAAAUCACUGCCACGAAGAGGACGAUCUAGAUGGCAUGUUCCCAGCAGGAGUUCACUGCGUACGUUGCUUCCGCCGAUAUCGGUUGCGGAGACUGCUUUUGUAGCGGGUAAUCAAGGCAACGUCGUUCCGCAACACGGAAAUGGUGAUCGUCCUGAGCUGAGCGAGGCCGAAUGUGACAUCGAUUCUUUGAAGAAGCUCAAACUAGGCCUUAGGAGUUCCCUUUGGUCAAGACCGAGUACUCAAAAUAAUCCUUCCUCCGAUUACUCUAUCGCCGUCUAACUUCUCGAGCGUUACCACGAUCGACCGAAUACUCCAAAUUCUCUUCCAAAAGACCCUUUCAUCCCUUUUCGUGGUCCAAGUUGAAUAGAUAAAGAAUACAAUUUAAUCUUCUUUCCCGUGUCUCGUCGAGAAGCUAUGAUGCUUAAUUAAAGAACAGCGAAUGAGAGAUAUAAAUAGAUGGAGAGAGAGAGAGAGAGAGAGAGAAAAAGAGAAAGAGAAAGAGAGAGAAAGAAAAUAGUUGAACGCGCCGUUAAUAGACGCACGAUUUGAAAAAUUCGGAUUAAUCCAAACGAAUGACACGACGAGACGCGUUAUACGUUGAGCGUGUACGUAUUAGAAAUGGGCGUGCGUGAACACGAUUAAUACAAAUUUCUAAUCGUAUAUACGCGUGAGUGCCAAAGAUAAUAAAAAUAAGGAAAGAAAUGAUGAAAUAUACUCGUAUGGUACGAAUAGAACCGCGCGAAAUUUGAAAAUUCGUAUAUAAUGCGAUGAGAGGACGUAAGGCGACACCGAGAGAAGAGAUUUUUGUCUUCUUCGUAUUUCAUGUACCUUCGUAAUAUAGAAAUAUAUAUAUAUAUAUAUAUAUAUAUAUAUAUAUAUAUUAUAUAUAUAUAUAUAUUAUAUAUAUUAUAUAUAUAUAUUAUAUAUAUUAUAUAUAUAUAUAUAUAUAUAUAUAUAUAUCGCGACCACUUUUAUCCGAGCGGUAAUAAUCGAAAACACAUAUCGAUCGGCUAUCGGAAAGUAACCGUGUGACAUCUUUCGUAUUGCCAAAAUGUAAAACUCUUUUUACAUAUAACAAAAUGUAUCGCGAUCACCGGGAUACGUCAAACGAGACUGAUUUUUAUCUCUAGUUUAUAAAAUUCUCCGAAUUAUUUAUUCGACGCGUUCAAUAAGAACGUCUUCUUUUUCGGUGUCAUCUUCCUUCUUAACAUCGCAAAGAAACAUGCGAACGGCCGGUGCGAAGAGCCAAAGAGAAGAGAAUAAUAUAAAUAUAGGUCGAGGUAUUGAUAAAGAAAAGAAAGAAAAAAAAAAAAGAGCAAGAAAGAAAGACAAACGAGAAAUAAAAUAGUGGAACGAAAGGAUAGAAAUAUGGAGAUGAUUUUCGUCCUCGGGACGAGACUCGAUGAAUCGUUGGACUCUGUUACAUUGUAAGAGUUUAUAACGUACGAGUACACAUCGUUAAUUACUUUAAAUCCGUUAUGAUCCUAAAAGACUUCUAAAUAGUACGUUUUUCCGUGCGACGAAGAUGAGGAUCUAGUAAGGAUGGAGUGGACUUCAUCCAACUCUACGAAUUAUUAUUGUCCACUCUUCGGAGCGUUUAGAGAAAGAGAGAAAUAGAAAAUGGGGAGAGUAAACAAAAAAAAAAAAAAUUAGAUAAAGAAAGAAAAAAAAAAGGAUGAUGAAACGGGAGAGGCGCGGAAAACCGUAUCUCUCUUCGAAUGUCGCGCACGCUCAUAAAAGAAAAAAAAAAAAGAUUCAUCUAAUUGUCAGUAAAAUACAAAAAAAAACCAAAAAAAAACUAAAAAAAAAAUACAAAAAAAGAAAAGAAUAUCAAAUCGAUCACUGUUGCUAUCUUGCGUCCGUUCGACUUUCGCUCGGCCGACGAUAAGAGGGAGAAAGAAAAUUAAUUCGAUUUUCGUCGAAUCGGUGGCCGCAAGUCGUCGUCGAUAGAGUAAAUAGAGGUUAGUAGACCUUAAAGAUUCCAAGUUCCAAAAUAUUUCCACGACACUGCCAGUCUGCAGACUAUCGAAUGGAUCCAAUAAUAAUCUUGACUGAUAUCCAUUGUCUUUCGUAGCGAUCACGAAUUUUUUCCGAAAGACUGCUUUUUGCGUAAAAAACUACGCUAACACUUGGGAACACACUACACCAAGAUUAAUAAUUAUUAAUAAGAUAUUCGUUGGCCAAUCAUAGUGGUUACUGCCCUAAACUAAUAAAGAAAAAAAAAACAAAAAAAAAACAAAAAAAAAACAAAAAAAAAAGAAGAAAAAAAAAUAACAGUGCGCGACAAUGCGAAGACGAGGCCAAAAUGGUAUACGCGUAUAAUGAAUGUGAGAGAAAGCACGUGGACGAUAAAGUUUUGUUGAAGACGUUUCGCCUCUCGGUGUAUUUUCAAAAAUCGACGAUACGACUUUAAAGUGUAUAGAUAUAGUAAUAAUACAAAUUUAAAAAAAAAAAAAGAAAAAGAAAGAAUGAAAUAAAAAAAUUAUAAAGAACAAAAAGAAUUACCAUAGAUAAUAUCUUCAACGAAGUUUUGUCGUCAUUCUUUUAAAGAACUCGGAGCGAAGACGCGCGUUACGUACAGAGAGAAACGUUGCGUUGGUGUAUAUAAAAUAAUAAUAAUAAUAAUAAUAAUAAUAAUAAAAGAAAAAAAAAUGAAGUAAAAAAAGAAGCACGUCAAUCAAACUCGUAGAGUUCGAUUCGAAUUCGUUAGUAUCAUUUACCGGGAAGCGGGUAUUAUUUACGACACGCGAAACAAACACACGUGUUUUAGGUCGGGCACUCGAUCGUCCGCCGCCGAAUUUUUGUACAUUUUUUCAUUGCGAUCGAAUUCCGCCGAUCCUUUUUUUCUACGUUAAUGAUUCGGUAGGAAGACUCAGUGCCACGAUUACAUUGCGAGAUUAUACGAUGGUCGUUCAAAAAAUAUGUUAGCGAGAUACUUUGAAGAGAUCUGAUAUUAUUCUAAAAAGAGAUUUUUAAACACUCUAUACUAUAUAUAUGUAUAUAUAUGUGUAUAUAUAUAUAUAUAUAUAUGUGUAUCUAUCAAGGAAUUAUUCGACGCAUUUUAAAAGUGUCAUUGAUCUUUUCAGCUUCGCAACGAUAAACAUUGAAAUGAAGAAUUGAACACGAUUGAUCUCGCAGGCUCAUUUCAUGAACGACCCUCGUACGUAUAGCGUACGAUAUUUAUAUAAAUAUGUUUUAUCAUAUUGGAUCGAUCGAUGAUAUUCUCUUGAGAUAUCCUUACGAAUAAUAUCUUUGGAAGUUAAAUUAAAACUAUUUGUUGCCGUUCGAUCCAGUUUCCGAUCGCGAUUCGAAGUUACCGUCUUCUUGAUCGUCGACUUUCCCGCGAAGAACAAAGAAAAAAGACAGAAGAUGUGAGAGCAAAUCAAACGAACGAUUAUUAUUAUAACUAUUAUUAGUGUCGUUGUAAAAAGUAUCUUGCGCGAAUGUGGUGGUAUGCUUGUGCGAACGAUCUAAAAAUCUCUUUUCCCCUCUUUGGAGCGUCAUCUCGAAUAAAAAUAAGAAGAAGAAAAAAAGAAAAAAAAACAGAAAGGAAAGAAGGAAAGAAAAAAGAAAACAAAAGAUAAUAAAGCUCGCCGAGAUUUUAAUUGUCAAUAAACUCAAUAUCUCUGCUGACUGCCAAA